AUUUGAACGUUAUCAACCUAUCAAACGCAGAUGUGUAAUUUUUCAAUGCAGUAAACAUGGCGCAUCUGACACAUUUCUAAUAGUUAUCUUCUCCAACUUUUACACAUCAAGUUAAGCUUACAACAAACUGUGAAGUGUCUUCGGUUACAAGCAAAUGAUGAGAGCUUCGAUUGUUCUGUUGGCGUUUCUGAGUAUAAUCAUCAGAUCAACAGGAGGGGUGACUUGUCCUGCUCCGUCUCAAGAGCAGAACCUCUUCGGCCACCCCUCGACAGGCAAAAACUACGAACCUUGCGUACAAUGUGUUCAAAAGUUCUUGUUUAGUCUCCUCAUGCGUCGGACAGGUAUUUGCGAAGACCCAGCCUUUCAUUGCAAGAGGUGCAGGUUCUCCGCAGUAAACGAUGAAUACUUCUGCAUUCCGAGGAAGGGGAGUGUAGGAAGCGGGUGUGACGGUGUCGACAUUGCAAAGUACACAAAACCCGUACAAAGAAACCCCUCAAAAUGAGACAUGGAUGAAUCAGUACAUGU